AAUGCGUCUUCAACAAAGCUCGAGUGAUUGACGAAACGCCUAUGGUGAUCACUGCGGUAGCGGGGUCGUUGGCAGUGCUGCCGUGUAGUGUGGAUCCCAGGUACACGGAACAGUACGCCGAUCAAUACAAGGUGAUGUGGGUGAGCCCUCUGGAGACUGUGAUCAGCCUACAAGAUCGGCGUUUACUCAACGACAUGCGCAUUAGCGUGGAGAGACCGUUCAUGAAAGACUGGAACCUUCACCUGAGAAAUGUCAGCGUCACUGACGCCGGCGUCUACAAAUGUCAGAUCAAUACAGAUCCCGUGGGCACUAAGAAAAUCAACUUGGUUGUCACAGAGCCUCCCAGAAUCAUUGAUCACACUAUGCCCACGGACAUCGAAAAGCCGGAAGGAGAGAUGGUGGAACUGUUCUGUAAUGCUACAGGAACUCCACAACCAGAGAUCUCCUGGUAUCGUCUCCAUAAGAAGGGCAAUGGGGUGCGAGAACGUGUGGGUCAGACAGGAGAAUCUCUGGUCAUACACAACAUAUCCCGCAUGUGUGGCGACACCUACGAAUGCGUGGCCAGUAAUGGCGUGGAGCCAGCGGCCAGUCAAACAUUUAAAGUGACCGUCUUCU